AUGGCUUAUAAAAAAAAAGUGACGGUUAACGGGAAACGUUCCAUUGAACAAGAAGUCAAGUCGGACUCACAGGCAAAGAAUUUGCUUACGGUGAAAUCGAGCAAUUAUGAGAACUCUAAAGAUUCACCUAGGGGCCCAAAAGCGAAAAUUAGCAAGAAAUCUACACAACUUGCACUUCUAGCAAAGGCAAAGAAGGUCAAAAAACAGAGAGUCUACACUGAGAAGGAGCUGGGAAUACCUAAGCUUAACAAAUCCAUUGACCCUGAGGGUAUCAAGAAGCCUCGUGGAAAAAAGGGCAAGGUGUUCGCCGACAAAAAUGCGAUGUUGAGGAUUUUGCAUACAGUUAAUGAACAGCUGGACUCUAAGAAUGCAUCCAAAUUAGAGAAGGCUAGACAGCUAGAGGAGAUCAGAGAGACCAAAAGAAAGGAAAUGGAAUUAAAAGAGCAAGAAAAGGAAGAGAAAUUGACUAAAAAGAAGAGCGAGCUGAAGAAGAGAAAGAGAAAGGAUACUAAAAAGCCUGAGGCAGAGAAGGAGCCAUUAGGUCAGAAAAAGGUCAGUUUUGCUUAA